AUGCAGAAGUUCUCGAGGCUCGGCCGCCUGGGCCAGAGCCUUGCUUCGCGCAGGCAAUUGGCCACCGUCAGCGAUGCUCCCCUCUCUCGCAAGGUCGAGAUGACCAACUGGGAGAAGGGCCACUACAUCAACUACCAGAAGAUGAACGAGAACCUCCAGAUUGUUCGCGGCCGCCUGAACCGCCCGCUUACCUUUGCCGAGAAGAUCCUCUACUCCCACUUGGACGACCCCCACGGUCAAGAGAUUGAGCGCGGCUCCAGCUACCUCAAGCUUCGUCCCGACCGUGUAGCCUGCCAGGAUGCCACUGCCCAGAUGGCUAUUCUUCAGUUCAUGUCAGCUGGUCUGCCCUCCGUUGCCACUCCCACCACCGUCCACUGCGACCAUCUUAUCGAGGCCCAGGUUGGUGGUGAGAAGGAUUUGGAGCGCGCCAACGAGAUCAACAAGGAGGUUUACAACUUCUUGUCCACCUCUUGCGCAAAGUACAACAUCGGUUUCUGGAAGCCCGGCUCUGGUAUCAUUCACCAGAUCGUGCUUGAGAACUACGCUUUCCCUGGUGCUCUCCUCAUCGGUACUGACUCGCACACUCCCAACGCUGGUGGUCUCGGUAUGGCCGCCAUUGGUGUUGGUGGUGCCGACGCUGUCGAUGUCAUGGCUGGUCUUCCCUGGGAACUGAAGGCUCCCAAGGUCAUUGGUGUCAAGCUUACUGGCAAGCUCUCCGGCUGGACUGCUCCCAAGGACAUUAUCCUCAAGGUCGCUGGUAUCCUCACCGUCAAGGGUGGAACUGGUGCUAUCGUCGAAUACCACGGUCCCGGUACCGAGAGCCUGUCUUGCACAGGUAUGGCUACCAUCUGCAACAUGGGUGCUGAGAUUGGUGCCACCACCUCCCUCUUCCCCUUCAACGACCGCAUGUACGACUACCUUGCCGCCACCAAGCGCCGCGACAUUGGUGACUUCUCCCGCGAGUACGCUGCCCAGCUUCGUGAGGACGAGGGCGCCGAGUACGAUGAGCUCAUUGAGAUCAACCUUGAUGAGCUCGAGCCCCACAUCAACGGUCCCUUCACCCCCGAUCUAGCCACUCCCAUCAGCAAGUUCAAGGAGGCUGUCAAGGCCAACAAGUGGCCUGAGGAGCUCAAGGUCGGUCUCAUCGGUUCUUGCACCAACUCCUCUUACGAGGAUAUGACCCGUGCCGCCUCUAUUGCUGAGGACGCCAUGUCCCACGGCAUCAAGGCCAAGUCUCUCUUCACUGUUACCCCUGGUUCCGAGCAGAUUCGCGCCACCAUCGAGCGUGAUGGUCAGCUCAAGACUUUCGAGGAGUUUGGCGGGGCGCCCUCCCCGUCAGAUUCCACCUUGAGGGCGCCCUCUCCAACAUCCACCUCUGAGGGUGCCCCCUUCGCCUCAAUCCACCUGAGGCUCCAGCCAUGGGUGCGCGCAGCCCAAAUCGCCAGUGGUGGUUUGGCUGACUUGCUGAUAAUCGACCCACUCGAUUCUGUCGCAUCUGCCCCCCAGAGGGUCGCGACACUGCGACUACCUCCAGGGUACACUUUGCCCUACAGCACCUUCCUCCGCCGAAGCAGCGACAACCUCCAGAGCAUACUAUGUGACGAUAACGAUGCACUCUCUGACAUCGUCCAACCUACAAAGCGAAGAGCUACUCGUCGUGUACUGAUCGACACCGACUUGGACAUGGAUACACGCUCUAUUCCAGGCCUAGAUGGAGCCUACGAUGACGACGACAGCAACAUAUCGAUUGACAUACCACUUGCCCUGGCGACUACAUUGAAUUCCCUUCAGGAUCUCUGGUUCCAUGCUAACGUCGUCGCAGGUCAGUGGGACAGAAAAGAUGUAAAGAAGGGCGAGGCCAACUCGAUCAUCUCGUCUUACAACCGUAACUUCACUGGACGUAACGACGCCAACCCCGCCACCCACUCCUUCGUCACCUCUCCCGACCUUGUCGUGGCUAUGACCAUCGCCGGUACACUUUCGUUUAACCCGUUGACCGACCAUUUGACCGCGGCGGAUGGCUCCAAGUUCAAGCUCAAGGAGCCUACUGGUCUCGGACUUCCUACCAACGGCUACGACCCCGGCCAGGACACCUACCAGGCUCCCCCCGAGGACCGCGCAUCCGUCACCGUCGAUGUCUCUCCCUCCUCGGACCGUCUCCAGCUCCUUUCUCCUUUCAGCGCCUGGGACGGCUCUGAUGCGAAGAACCUGCCCAUUUUGAUCAAGUGCAGUGGGAAGACCACCACCGACCACAUCUCCAUGGCUGGUCCCUGGUUGAAGUACCGUGGACACUUGGACAACAUCUCCAACAACAUGUUGAUUGGUGCCAUCAACGCUGAGAACGGCGAGGCCAACAAGGUCAAGAACGCUCUCAACGGCGAGUACGGUGCUGUCCCCGAUGUUGCCCGUGACUACAAGAAGAACGGCGUCCCGUGGGUUGUCAUCGGAGACUGGAACUACGGAGAGGGUUCUUCCCGUGAGCACGCUGCGCUCGAGCCCAGGCACUUGGGUGGCGCGGCCAUCAUCACUCGCUCUUUCGCCCGUAUCCACGAGACCAACUUGAAGAAGCAGGGUAUGCUUCCCCUCACCUUCUCCGACCCUGCCGACUACGAGAAGAUCGGCCCCAACGACCGUGUCGACUUGGCCUCCACUGAGCUCGCCCCCGGCAAGCCUUUGACCAUGACUGUCCACCCUGCCGACGGCAGCAAGGAGUUCCAGAUCCCGCUUUCCCACACUUUCAACGAGGGCCAGAUCGAAUGGUUCAAGAACGGCAGCGCUCUCAACACCAUGGCCAAGAACGCUAAGCAGUAA